AUGCUGAGCUUGGAGGCAAGGAGCCCAUUUUUUCAAGCCAUGUUCCACGGAGGUUGGAAAGAUGCGGAUAAUGACGUGGUGGAACUCAAGAUCGUCGAUGGCCGGGUUUCAGCGCAGGGACUGGACAUAGCCCUAGGGUCUAUGUAUCACGGAGAAGUGGACAUACCGAGAGAGGCCAUAGUGAACGUUGUCGCAGCUUGUAGGCUCCUGCAGUUGGAGCAUUUGCUUGCGAAAUGUGGUGAUUUGAUGGUUGGCGCUGUGAAUGGUGAUAAUGCUGUGUCUUUCCUGGCUGCUGGUGAUAUGUACGGAGUAGGGUCAGUUAAAACAGCCGCCUUGACCUGGCUAGCUCAAAAUGCCUUCCCCAUUUCAAACGCGGACCAAAGCCGGUGCCUUGCUGUCAUAUGGAAUCUCUCCUUGGACACCCUAGAAACAGUGCUGGCCAGUGAAGACCUGGUGGUCAUCCCGUGUGAGAUGAUACUUUACAGCAUGCUGUGUGUCUGGGUGUACAUUCAAGAGGCCCAAGUCAAGUCCUUGGGCGAUGGAGAAGACGGGGUCAGAGUCAUCAUGAACGAUGCCAUCGAUUUCUUUCUGAAAAAGCAAGUUCAUCAGUUGGUCAUGCAUCCCCUGGAUGUGCAGUGUUUGAGGAGGGACAAUGUCUUGGACCCUGACACCAUCUACCGCACCAUUGAAACCCAGUGGAUCCGGCAACUGCACUUGAGUGUGGAAAGGCCACUGUCAACAGUGGAAAUGCCCAGUUUGAAUGUUUAUGGUGACCAAGCUGUUCACACCAGAGAUGGUGGGAAUUGGAUUGUGUUGAGCAUGAAGGUGCAUCCUGGAGAUGGACAGCUUGAGCCCAUUGUGCAGAGAGAUCCGUUAUGCAAGACAUCCAUGAUCCGGGUUAUUGCAGCAGUCUCUCAAGAUGGCGCCACCAUCACAUGGUGUCCAGCAGAAGAUGAGAUUCCAUCAUGGCUGCUG